AUGGGUCCCGACCCGGCCGCAGACCCCCACGGGCCGGUUCCCAGAUGCUCUGGAGGGCCCUCACCGGUGGCCAGGGGCGGGGGCGGGUGCCAGAAGGGCCGCAGAGGGCGCGGGGGCCGGUUUUCGACACACCCCGAUCUUUCGACGCACCCAAACUCGCCAGUUCGCGGUGGGUCAUUUUUCGACACACCCAAAACUCGCCAGUUCACGGUGGGCCACCCGGCUGCCGGCUCCCCCGCGGCCCCCGCGCCCCCCUGCGUUUCAGAACGCUGGGCGACGGGCAGACGCCGGGCGGGCGCGCCGUCAGCGACAGCGAAACGGCGACGAUGCGGACGUGGAUGGGGGAUUGAGGAGGUGGUCACGUGA